AUGCCGCGAACGCAACAGGAAGAACAAAGCAAAAUCACACGAAUCGCCAUCGUUGAUGCUGACCGCUGCAAGCCGAAGAACUGUGGGCAGGUGUGCAAGAAGUCAUGUCCUGUCGUUCGCAUGGGAAGACAGUGCAUUAUAGUGACUCCGACUAGCAAAAUCGCCUGGAUUUCCGAGGAGCUGUGCAUCGGCUGCGGAAUCUGUGUCAAAGUAUGUAUGGUUCAUUUUCAGUUGCUGUAG